CUUCCGGAGCUUCCACGACCAGUAGUCUCGGUACUCGCCACACGAAGUCAACACUCACUGGCAGCGCUCAGUGCUCAGCAUCCAACAGGCAUGUCUACACUAGUGGCACAACCUGACAAAAAUCCCUAUAGCAUUCCUUUCCCCCCUAAACACUCUUACAGACACCAUGAAACCAGAAGCAACUCCACGCAAGCUACUACCCACAAGGCAACACAAUUCAUAAAACCAGCAUCCCCAGGUUUACCAUCAGGACCCGGCACUGAACAAGAUGUAAUAUCCAACAAAAUAUCCUUGCUUGGGAAAGAGGAGGCAUCAGAGAACAAACCAGUUAUACAACCUGAGGUCCCUGCCUCUUCAGAUGCCAGCCCAUUGCGUGAUGUCUGCCAGCAGUCCUUUGUUUCUGACCGCACUACCUGCAGUAUGUUCAAUGAAAAUUAAGGGUUUAAUCGACAAAUAUUCUGAUGGGAUUGAAGAUGUCCGCAAGGUAUUGAAUUAUUUAUCCAAACCAACUUUGCACAUGUCCCGCAUGGAAUUCCACGGUGUUGGAGCGCGAGAAUUCGAAUUUAUAGCAGGCAUGGUGGGAGAAACGGGCCGAGUAUCGACGAAGCCCAGGCUGGCUUACGAUUACAACACGCACGUCCUCAUCGUCAACAUGCCCACUGUACUCCAUCAAGUGUCCUUCGACGAUGUGAGGAUUUUCGUCAGUGAUUUUAUCCAUGAUCUUCCCUACGACCCCGAAAUUAUCUGCCCAAUGCUCGAUACGUCUUUGAUGCUGGAGAUCGCUGACGGCUCCAUUAUGCCUGAUAUGGCGAUGACUGUCACCGCUGUGGAGGGACCCACGGAAGUCGUGCUGAUCCCCUUCGUUGCGGAGUGCGCACUCUCGGAGACCGAUGAACACGUAUUCGAAAAGGCAGAAGAUAUCAUCUUAGCGUAUCCGGACGUCAUCUGCAUCGCUGUCAUGCUAGUUCGUGAAGCUAGAGAAUACGCCGCCCCCGAUUAUCGUGAUUCCACUGUCCCAACAGCCCUAUGUGGCGGCACUGACAGUGAUCCGAAACCCCUUACACUGAAGCAGUUCAUCAAUCUACGCACCACGCCACGUUCGUUCGGCGAGCCCACCGUAAUCGGCGAUCACACCUGGUGCCACCUCUCUUCCGUCGAAUAUUUUGUUUGGGUGAAGAGAGAUGAUGGAUCGCCGAUUGAUAUCCGUUCUCAAGAUCCAGGGGACAUGGCGUACGGGAUAGUAAUGCCCGAGAUAGACAUGGACGCUGUCACGGAGAUGCUUGAACGAGGGUUGACUAAGGUUAGGGAUUCUUUCGUCGCUUUCCAGAAGGAGCUCGAGCCUAGCGUCGACUGCACCGCUCUCGCGGAAAGCGAAGUCAGGUGUCGCACCAACUGGCGCCUUGUCUCAAAACGACUCUUCGGUGCUUCGGAUGUCACUGCCCACAAGCGAUAUCUCGCCUGGCACAAAAAGCAUUUCGGCACGGGGAGUGCUGAAUCCUCUUAUGUAGAUUCGGAGCAGGCAGAUGAGGGAGAAGAGCCAGUGGUCGUUGCAACCUCCAAGCGCAAGCGUGCGUGCGCGUCGGCGCUUCCCUGCUCUAGGUACAAAAUCAAGAAGUCUUAACGGGGAUCAUGUACUUGAAUCAGUUCACGCAUUUUGAAUCUUGACUCGAGCGAGUCACGCUGUAUAGAUACAUGUAGUUGCAUCGUAGAAAUCAUUCGCAUCGUUCAUAGUUGACUGCCGCAUCUGUAGUCUUUGCCCCUGACUGUUUCUAUUUAUACGCCACAAUUUAAACGCCCUCGCUGACUAAUAAGCGCGAGCGUAUCGUCGUGAUACUAUCACUCCUGGCCCCUGG